AUGGAGAAGGACGGCCUGAGUCGCGCGGACCAGCAAUACGAGUGCGUGGCGGAGAUCGGGGAGGGCGCCUAUGGGAAGGUGUUCAAGGCCCGGGACUUGAAGAACGGAGGCCGUUUCGUGGCGCUGAAGCGUGUGCGGGUGCAGACUGGCGAAGAGGGCAUGCCGCUCUCCACCAUCCGCGAGGUGGCGGUGCUGAGGCACCUGGAGACCUUCGAGCACCCCAACGUGGUCAGGUUGUUUGAUGUAUGCACAGUAUCACGAACAGACAGAGAAACGAAACUAACAUUAGUGUUUGAACAUGUUGAUCAAGACUUGACCACUUACUUGGAUAAGGUUCCGGAGCCUGGAGUGCCCACUGAAACCAUUAAGGUUAUUUCCGUUUUACAGAUGUGGAAACCAAAAUCCACAGAGGUUGCAAGUGACCAGAAUCAGGAUAUGAUGCUUCAGCUUCUCCGAGGUCUGGACUUUCUUCAUUCUCACCGAGUAGUGCAUCGCGAUCUAAAACCACAGAACAUUCUGGUGACCAGCAGUGGACAAAUAAAACUGGCUGACUUCGGCCUGGCCCGGAUCUACAGUUUUCAGAUGGCGCUUACGUCAGUGGUCGUCACGCUGUGGUACAGAGCUCCAGAAGUCUUGCUUCAGUCCAGCUACGCCACCCCUGUGGAUCUCUGGAGUGUUGGCUGCAUAUUUGCAGAAAUGUUUCGUAGAAAGCCUCUUUUUCGUGGAAGUUCAGAUGUUGAUCAACUAGGAAAAAUCCUGGAUGUAAUUGGACUCCCAGGAGAAGAGGACUGGCCUAGAGAUGUUGCUCUUCCCAGGCAGGCUUUCCAUUCAAAAUCUCCCCAACCAAUUGAGAAGUUUGUAACAGAUAUUGAUGAACUAGGCAAAGACCUACUUCUGAAGUGUCUGACAUUCAAUCCAGCGAAAAGAAUAUCUGCCUACAGUGCCCUGUCUCACCCAUACUUCCACGACCUGGAGAGGUGCAAGGAGAACCUGGAUUCACAUCUGCCGCCUGGCCAGAACACCUCGGAGCUGAACACAGCCUGAGGCCCCAGCGGCUGCCUUGAGCUGAUUGUACCCACAACGCCCUUGGUGGCUGGCAGGUGCCCCUGGGUAGACUCCGCAGAGCUGAUGGGGAUUGCCGUCCGGAGGCCUUCCAGCUGCCGUCUUCUGGCUGGGCUCUGCUUCUCCAAGGAAACCGCCUAGUUUACUGUUUUGAAAUCAAUGCAAAAAUGAUUGCAGCUUUAUGUUCGUUUGUUUGUGUGUCUGUCUGUCUGUUUCAAGAACCUGGAACAAUUCCAGAAGAAGAGAAGCUGCUGACCAAUUGUGCUGCCGUUUCAUUUUUCUAACCUUGAAUGCUGCCAGUGUGAAGUGGGCAAUCCAGGCACAGCUGAGUUAUGAUGUAAUCUCUCUGCAGCUGCCCGGGCCUCAUUUGGUACUUUUGAGUGAGUGUGUAUGUGUGAGUGAGAGAGAGAUUCCGUGAUCUCUUAAAGCGUUACUUUUUGUAAGCAACAAAGAAUAAUUGAAUUUUAAAGACUCAAGGUGACUCAUAAAUAAUGUUAACUGAAGGUGAUUCAUCAGACUAGGUUUCUCAAAUUAGAAAAUUAAGUCUAUGUCCUCAGCAUUUCUUUUCUGGCCAAAAGCAGUGUACUUGCUAGCAGUAAAAGAUUCACUAUCUAGUUGAAGUUUUAUACACACCGCAAAAAGAAAAAAAAAAAAUCCUAAUAUCUUUUAAGAGACUUGUUUUAAAAGCACACAUUCUCAUUUACUCUUCAGAAAGCUGAAUUUGCUCAUUGUAAGUCAGUUUUAGCCUUCUAUAUAAUACUAUACUUUAUAGUUUCUUUCGGAAAAUACCUUGUAAGCUUUUUAUUACCUGCUGUAGAUUUAGAGAGUGUACCUCAAAUAGGGAAAAAAAAAAAUUUAAAUAGAGGAAGCCUUUAUUUCCUGGUUUGAAAUUUCUUUAUUUCCUUUAUUUUUUGUUGUUGUUUUUGUUUUUAGGAAUUUGUCAGAAAAACUGCUUCCUGUUUUGGUUUGGAGAGUAGUUCCCCCUGACUAGAGACAAGAAUGUCUUUUAGGUCUUCCCCCUCCCAUUACACUGUACUUUCCAUCAUGCACUGCCUUGUUUGCAAAGUGUCCGUCUUGUUUAUCCCCAGCACCUCUAAUAUCUGUUGCUACCAUUACAUAACUAAUCACGGAUUGCUUAAGCUGUCCCCACGCACCACCUGCUUUCUUGCUUGCAAUGAACCUUUCAUAAAUAAGCACAGUCAGAUUAUGGCUCAUGGCCUCAGUUCCACAAUCCUAGCAAGGUCCAUAUGUUCUCACUCUAAUCUCGAUCUUCCUACGUGGUGUUCACUGUUGUUACCUAGGAAAUGAGCUGAAUACUUGUUCUGCUCAAUCACCAGCACAUAGACUGCUUUAAACAGUUACUUACUGUUUUACCUUUUAUAGAAUAUAUUGUCAGUGCAGUAGCCAAGGCGAUGUUUUUUAGAGAUCUAUAUUUACUCUAUAAAGUGAUCUUUCCCCAUUCCCCAGGCUUUGCUGGCCUUUAAGUGCCUUGUGCACACCCCAGCUCUGCAGAGCCAGUCAGCCGUGGCCACUGAGAACAGCUUUGCUUUCUCUCUUGCUGUUCUCUUGCCUUCUACGGUACUUCAUAUUCUAUACCAUCUCUGCCUUAAACGUGGUUUAGUGCUCAAGCAGUUGGCUUUAGCAGCCAGAAAACACAGAAGUGAACAAUCUUUUGGGAAGUCUAGCUGCUUUCGCUAUCUAGGUCAUGUUUUGAAUGCAUGGAACAGUUAGACCAUGUUCAGAGUUAAGAUUUUCAAAGAGUGGACAUUGCCUCACUCAGGAGAAAAUGUUCAGAUGAUAUUUAUUCAUCGUAAAGCCUUACUAAAUUCUUGACAGCUUAAUAUUGCAUAUGACUAUCUCGAACAAGAGAAAAAUCAGGAGACGUUUCUCCUGAGAGCUUUUUGAGUUGGGAACCUUUUUUUUUUUUUUUUUAACACAUGCAUUGUUAGCAUUGGUCUAAUUGUAUAGUUUGAAAAACGGGAAAUUUUUCCUAACACAAGAUAAGAAUGAGAAGCUGGGCUAUAAGGAUGUUUUAUACUUUCUUCUUGUGACAACACUGAUAAUGUUUUGUCAUCACUAUAAAUGCUUGAGAUAUAAUGACUCCCGACCAUUCAACACAAAUUGUUCUCAGUCUCACCUGGAAAAGUGAUUUCUGCCUUUCCUUGGAUCAAGGAUCAAAAUACAAAGACAAUUUUUUGUUGGAGCCCGCAAAUUGAAAUAAAAAAAACUCACUGCACUUGAUUCCUCAUGAGCUUUUUUUGGUCAGUAUCCAUGGCUAGAGUGAACAUAACUUUAGUUUUUGCUUUUGCAAAAGUUUAUCAUAAGUUAGCUCAAGAAAAAUGCAGCUCUUCUAAAACUGGAAUUUUUUUCAGCAUUCUUUAGGAUUUUAAACAAGUAGAGAGCUCAACUUUUAUUUCUAGCAUAUGCUUUUGACUCAUUUCUUAGUAGCAUUUGUAAAGAAAAAUUAAAGGACAAACAUUUUGUCUAUUAGAUUCUUGGCGAAUUUUCCAAUUUUCCCAAUGAAAGGGCGUCUCAGCCUUUCUGAACUUCAUCAAGACUCCUUCCCCAGUUCACCCCUCGGUGCGGCUGUUGCACUUGAGGGAUUACUCUCCUUUUAUGUCUUGUGCAUCGUGUUCACCAUUCCUGAAACCCAGGUCCCACACAAGCAGCCUGGCCACUUUGAAGCAUGAUAGCAGAUAAAGAGCUUACUGAAUACAGCUUAUUCUUCUGUGACUUAUAGUUUUAAACAUCUUUGCCAAAAGUUAGGCAAUGGUUUGCUGAAAAGGUCAUACUGCCCCAGAAUUACACCGAAGCAGUUUAUAGCAAGUAAAAAUAUGGCGACAGAUUUGAAAAGCACGUUUUAAUUUCUUACUAGGACUAGUGCAAGAACGUGCCUGAUAGUUUAUGAUGUUUGGUUCUGGUGGCCCUCUCAUUUCGGGAGUUGUUGUGUAGGGUGGAGAGUAACAAACCAUGAUUAAAAAGAGGAAACCUGUCCAUUUUGGCCAUCGUAAGCUAUCACAUGGCAAAAGGCCGAUAAAGGCCUAACUUUAAAAACACAACUGACAAAGGGCUUGUAAGAACCCAAUGGUUUGGAGCCUCCCACUCUGUCCCUCCUUUGAAGUGGGUGGGAAUUCAAGGUGCAAAGCACUUGUCCUGGAAGAAAGCUCAGGGCAUUUCAGCUCCCUGUACUCAUGAUUUUCUCUUGGGAAACACACGCCGUGAAUGGCCAACUUUUCGUUUAGCUCCAGAUGACUUACUGGAACUGUUGAAAAUUAUUCAUUUAAAAAUAGGAUCUCAGAAUUUUAUUUUUAAGUAGAAAUGAAAAUUGCAGAGACAGUAUCUUAAAGGAAGAGUAGAAAUGAAAAUUGCAUCGGCAGUUAAUAUCUUAAAGAAAGCAUGUUCCUUAUUAAUAGAGAAAUCAGUAGUUUGACUUCAGAAUGUGGUACUGUCUAUCUUCAAGAGAAAACUCUUAAAUAGUACCAAGCAUUUUGAACCUCAAAGUAUGUAUUUGGAUUGAAUUUUUAAGUAACUAUAGUUGCUUCUCUUAAAAGUGGUGCCUGUCAAGUUUAGUAAUGGCAAUUCUCGUUCCAUUAAGGAAAUUAAAUCAUGUAAGCUUCCUAACAUCGAAAAUAUAUUAAAAUUCAUUUAUCCAAAGAAUUGCUGUCUUUUAAUUAAGUGACAACUUGACUGUUUUUAUGAUAAACACCUGAGAGGACCUCAUAUUUUUCAAAAGCAGGCUUUUGUUGCAUCGUUUGGUACAAGAAAGAAUAAUGUUAAAACUUAAUAUGCCACCGGAAUUACAUAAUUGUGUUACAACAAAAACUACAGAAUAUUUACCUUGGAAAGAAAAUAUUAAAAUAUUAUUUUAAAUAUUUAAUAUUGAUGAAUGCAAAAGAAUGCAUGUGUUACAUUGUGAGAGAUAAAAAUAAAGAUGUAUAAUUUCUAAAUCUUUAAAAAUUAUUUGUAAAAUAGUGAACAACGGAUAGAGGAAAUUCUGGAGAAAACAGGUAUUCAAAGAAGGAUAAUUUCAAAGUUAAUGUUGAAUGAUAUAUAUGUUAUUAACAAAUACAUUAUAAGAAUUUAUAUUAAAAUUACCUAGUAACUAUGGACUUCAUACAUUCAAAGACAUGUUUUAUGGAGAUGCUAUUCCAAGCACAGUUACCAUUUUACAGGUUGAGCUGAGCAAAUUAAACCUUAUUACCUCCCUUCAUGGGGAUGAAGCAGCUUCGUGAAGCUAUAUUUUAUACAUCCCUAAGAAUUUUUUUUUUUUGUAAUAUGUAAAAAAGAAAAAAUAAUAGAACAAAUUUUUAAAAGGUAUAUGCUUCCUGUGCCACCAGGAUUUUUGAAAAAUUGUGACCUUCACUCAAAACCACUUAUCCAUGUGUAUUAAAUUUAUUCAGGUAUGUAAUUAGCAAGAUACUGACAGGUUUCUUCUGCACAAUGGAAAAAAACUGCUUGAGGCUACCAAAAGCCUGUUAAGCAAUUGAAGUCCUUAGAAAAUUAGUAAUGGAGUUUUCCUAAAAAGCAUGAGAGAAUAGCAUUUUCAUUUCUUACUGGCUCCCUUUUUUAUAUCAAUGCAGCUCUCAACCCAGUUUUGUUGGCCAUGUGGUAUGUACGUAUAUCUCAAGCAUUUCAAACUUGUAUUUUUUCAGAAAAUAAACCAAAAAUAUUCCUUUGGCCUUAUCUUCUGACCUUUGCAAACAGCAGAAAUGAAGAAACAGAAAGGGGCUGAUUUUUAAAUGUUUUCUUUUUUUCUCAAUUUUUCAGAGUGUCGAUCAGCUUUUCAAAAUGUUUUCUUUUUAUUAGCGUUCCCAGGAAGUUAAUUCAGAUAAACGAAUGGACUUCUAUGAGCACAUUCAUAUUUUCUUAAUACUGAUGUUCUGCACUUGAAGAAGAAACUAAACAGCCACCUGAAAAUGAAUACAGGCUUUUUUUUCCAAGCACCCUUUUUUUACAGAAGUACUGUUACAGCUAUCUGAAGUUAAUGUGAUAGGGAAGAGGGGUGGCUUUUCUCACAAAAAGAAAAAAAAAAGCCUCAGUUUUAAAUUCAUACUGACCUUAGGAUUGGGCUUUCUUGUUUUAUUCCAGUGUAUCCCACAAGGUGGCACUUUUAGGGAAAAAAAUCUGGAUGACCAAGGCUAAAGAGAUACUUCUAAAGACUUUAUUCUAACUUUAUUUUUCUGCACCUGUUUAACUCUUACCUAGCACUUGCCUUUCAAGAUGACUGAUAGUCUCCAUAGUGUUCUAUAGCCUAGAAUUUUUAGCUGUUAGCUGGGUUCUGAACAAUUGUUUGCAAUUAAAUUGUGGUUGGGGAAGGAUAAUACACCCAUUUUGAUCAUUUCAGUGAAUACAGAAAGCCUAGCCAUUCAUUUCUUCAAGAAAUUUUUUUUUAAGGUAACUAAUUACCUACCUGGACACUUUUCUAAGUACGGAAGUUACAAAGAUGGGCAAGGCUUAUUGCUUUUAAAAAAAAAAAAAAGUCAACCCUCAUUUGUGAAAAGGACAGCUUUGUUAGGAGUAUAAAACUUCUGCAAUGGCAGGCCCCUCUCAAAACACCCAUACCCUAGGCGGUUGCUUUCACGUUUCCUACCAUGGUAGCUUUUUUUAUACACUGAUUACGCUUUAGAAUCAAACUAAAAAAUACAAUGAGCAAAAUAAGUAGCAGAUUAGUAAUCAAGUAGACAAAACUUUUUUUUAAAGAACGGCUACCUGGAAACAACCCUAAAAUCCUUUAAAAAAUUUUUUUUCAUUUGCAUAAUCACAAAUGUAAAUUCACAACAAAUUCUCAUUUUUUAAAUCUUGUUUAAGUAUAUGUACAGAAUAACUUAGGAGUGUAUCUUGCAUGUAAGUUUUAAUGGCAAUUUUAUACUUUGAAAUAUGAGUUUUGUUUUUUCUUUUAAAGGUUAACUCACAGGCCCAUUAUCCUCCAGAUUAUUUAAAUUAAUGAUUAGCAUCACAAUUAAUAAAUAGUAUCACUGAAAUUUAGGGGGAAGUUAAUUACAGGUCUCAGUUUCCUCAGCAUAGCCCGGCAGAAGGUAGUUUAUUCCUUCUGAGCUGCAGAAACUCAGUAGUGUCCACUUGACUUUCCUCCAGAGUAGCAGGCAGGCAAGUCUCAGUAACUGAUACUCAAUCAAGAUACCACGCACACGAGGGCCUGUAGAAAGCUCUUUGUGAAAUCAUCAGCCUCGUCCCUCCGCUCAAAAUCCCACCCAAGUAAAUUUCAGCUUAAGCCCCUAAAAGGAAGACCGAAUUCUGACCUCGAGUUAGUUAUCCGUGGGCCAGUUGGAACUCUUACUCGCUCGUGUUCAACACUGAAAGCCUUCGGGUGCGGUGCCUUGUCACCCCGGCCCUGUGACUGAGACACGCCGCCCACUCACCUGUCGGUGCCUGAAACCGUGUGCAGACCCGCAGGAUACUGUCCGAGGUCUAAAAUGUGCCCUGCUGCUGUCUCAGAGGCAUCCGCUUUGCACUCUUAGGAAGUAAAACGUCCCGAGACUCAAACGGGUGUCUUCUGUGUAUAAAGAAGUACAACACAAUUCUCCGAAAGCUCGGGUGUGACGAGAUGUGGCAGAGGUGGCUCUGUGUCGAGCUGCCUGCCAAGCAUCUCUGAAGUUCUAAGCUCCGCUUUUUUUUUUUUUUUUUUUAAGAGAAGAUGUAUAAUUACAGGAAAGAUGUUUUUAUUUUUUUAUUUUCUACCAUGUUACAUAUGUGACGGCAAAAGAUACACCUGGAAAAAUUUUGUUUUGAAAAAGUGUGUAUUUUCUGCUUCCUCUUCAGUUGGCAAAAGCUCCUAUUUAGUUUCAAUUUUCUUCUUUUUCCUUGUCAAAUAGUUAAAGAUAGGUAAACAAGUGACCCCAUGUACUAAGGGAUUUUCCUGUUGAGAGGAAUUUUUUUGAAGGAGGCACAUCUCUGCACAUAUUGACUUCCGAAAACUAUGACUGUAGCACUAAUCAGCAAGCAUAGAACCACACAAUUAAUUUAAUUCUCUCUGUGGUUUCUAGCCAAAUUCCGUUGAUGUGCUUAGGUUAAAAUUCUGAAGAUACCCUUUGUACCUUUACUUAAAAAUUUUUCAUCUUAACAUUUAUGAAAUGCAAUAAUAUGUGUUUGCUAGCAAUAUUUCUCUGACCACCAGCAACUCUGGAUUUGACCUUGAAGUUUCUGAAUAAUAAAGUAUUCUAGCAGUAAUACAUUUCUUGAAUCCCCGAGAGCAUUAUAUCAUCUUUUCAUUCUAGUCCUGUGUUUGCAACGCUGUACAACUGUAUAUUAGAGUUACUUAGUUGGUAUUCAUUUAUAUUCCUAUGAUCAGUAAUAAAUGUAUUAGUACAUGGAAUUAAUAGAAUCAACUACCCCUAGGAUCAGCACUUGAGGAGAUGGGGAAUUUUUAUUUCAAGUUCUACAUCUACAUAAAUUAUUUCUAUUAUUAUUCAUGUGUAUUAUUUAUUUCUGAAUCACACUAGCCCUGUGAAAGUGUAACUGAAGGCAGAAAGUGAUAGGACUUGCAUUUAAUGUUCAUUACCGUGGUCUUGAUGAGCUAAGAAAAUAAAAAUUAGACUAAGCCCCCAAAUAAGCUGCAUGCAUUUUAACAUGGUUAGUAGAAUUUAAGUCUAUAGAUACAGUAUUUUUGGCGUCUAGGUGUUUUAUUCUUAUAUAAAUGAAUUAAAGCAAAGGACUUUAUAGUUAUUGCUUUUGUCAAAUAUGCAUAUAAUAUAGUGUAAUAAUAUAGCAAAAUAAAAACUAAAGUUAGAGAAGCAUUUCAGAUACAGCUUUAAUUUAGGAACUCUGCCAUGUGGCCAUUGGAGUAGCUGCCAGUCAGAGAUAGGUGAUGGGUGGUGCCUUCUCUCGGCUGGCCUUAGAAGCUUCCCCGACAAGGUCAAGUCCCCUUCUAGGUGUCGUGUGCAGUAGCAGGAACAGGUAGUGCUGUCGAAAGGCGAGCAGUGUGAGAGUUUUCUGUAGAAGCAGGACUGUGUCAGCUUGUGCAUCGAGGCUUCCAGAAUGUGUCAGAUGGAGGAGUCCAAUUUUCCAUGCUUCAGGCAACUUGAGUUUGUACAGAAGCAGUCCAGUCUGGUAAUAAACAAGGAUUGCAUGUACAAUAAUCAGCAAUGGGAUUUUUAACAACUGACGGUCCUCAAUACCUCAAAAGCUUGUUGCAUUUCUGGUAUUUUAGAUUUUGAUCUGAAGGUUAAAGGGCAAGUGUUUGGAAUAGAAGAACAGUAAGUGUUAAGAAAAGCACAAUAUCAGUUCCCAUAGGGUACAGGUUAGAACUAGAGAGUUUUCUAAGAUUAUCAUUUCUGAGAUGUGUAAAAGCACGUUUUCACUGUAAAAUGCCUUAGUGUUUCUGCAUUCCCAUAGGAUCUAGUGAAAGCUUUCUUCAAUGUUUCAGCAAGGCUAUCCCACACAGUAAACUUUUUCUUCGAUUUAUAUAAAAUAUUUUAAAAGUUUUAAAAAAAAAUCUUAAUUUGGACAUUUGACCUGUUGGAUUCUGUGUUUCUAUGUAGAGGUUAUACUUGUCAGGUGUUAAUCUAGACUGUGUGAGCCAGCCCAGGAUGACCGAACCCCCCCUUCCCUGUAUCUCCCUUUCCCUCCCACUGAAGUCCUCAUUGCCACCACCCUGGCCUGUGCACAUGGUGCUCUCCCAUCCACCUCUGCCACUCUUUGGUCGUCUGGGACGUGAUAAGAGACAGUUUAAAUGGAUGCCAUGGGUAUGCCUGCCUAGACCUGGCCACCAUCCCCACUUGACCUUCAGCUGGCCACAGUUAUCAAGAGAAGGUUCCUGAUCCUGGGCGUCAAAUGUGCUCAUGACAGCACACACAAAUGCACUCUAGCUUCUUUGUACACAUCAUGAUUUUUAAACCAAGUGAUUCUACAGAGCAUUCAGUUUGGGCUGUGGUACAAAGAGAAAAAUUAACCAAGAAUACAAACCACAUUCCAGGCUGCUAUUUUCUACCCACCCACAGACCGUACUUUUACUGUAUUUCUUCAUACUUGAAACUCAUUCUGCUGUGUUAAUAUCAGGGUACAGACUCACAAGGGUGCAUGUUCCUCAAAGGUGCGUUAUUACUCUCAUUCCGUUUGCUCAUACUGCUACAAAAUGCUCUGUUUUGGUGCUUUGGGUGCAGCAGGUAAAAGAAGCAGUGUGGAAAUGCACUGCUUAGAACACAGUCUUACAAGAAUUUUGGCAGGUGACUUGGUGUUAGGUAUUGCUUCUGCUUUUUUCUCUGUACACAUGAUUAAGAAUGACCACACUGGCCUGUCAGGUCCACCUGGGAAUCCUUACUCACAGGGCAUAUAAACCCUGUGCUCUCCCCAAGUGUGGGUGCAGCCCAGCUGUCUGAAAGCAGGGACCUUCCUAUGUAUUUGAAUCAUUUAGCCCUCACAAAAAAAAUGGCCUCAGAUAUAUAGACAGGAGCAUCUCACUCUAUUGACCAUUCCUCCAUUUCAUACAGAAAGCCCUCCUAAGACAAAAAAAAAAAAAUUAUUCCUAA